AUGGGGAAUGACAGGUACCCUUACGGCUUCGACUAUUUUGAAUCAGGGUUUCUAAUCCUCCGGGCAGAAAGCUGGCCUAGGAAAGAUGGUUACACCCCGGGAGCCGCACCCCGGGGCCGGACCUGGCCUGCACGCCCCGCUUUGUUCCCAGAGCGGGUUCUAGAAGCGCCGCCUCCCCGCAGCGCCCCCCGGCGGGCGCAGGAGGGAGCGCGGGGGCGCGCACGAGCGGCGCACGCCCGCUCUCGCGAUUGGCCGCGCCGCGUGACGUCACGGAGAGGCCCCGGCGGCCGCCGGGAGCGGGCGCCCGCGCGUGCGCAGACGCAGGGCGCUGAGGGGCGGGGGGAGGUGGCCGGCCGCUUCUCCCGCGUCCGCCAUUUUGUUGCUGUGGCUCUCGGGAGCGGGGUUGGGCACGGCGUCCCCGGCAGCGCGGCGCUCCCGGGGGGUCUGGGGCUUGGCGCGGCCGCGGGGCUCGGUGCGGAGCGGCGGGGACGCGGGACCGGUGCGCGCCGGGCCAGGACUGAACGGAGGCUUGGGAGCGGCUGUCGCCGCGCUCGGUUGGGCCCGCGCCCGGAGCCGGCUCGGCCCGUGAGGCGGCCCCGGAGCAAGCCGGCGGCCCGGAGGAUGCUGCGGGCCCGCGGCCGCGAGGAAGGCGCGGGCGCGGCCCUGUAG